AUGCUGGGAAGAGAUGACACCUUGAUCAUGAACUGGAAAACUGGAAAUGAACCUGUUGUUGGUUAUGAAAACUUAAGUUCGUUUUGCUCAAAAUAUUCCGGGUCUCUUCUUAUGUAUAAAGAUGAUGGCGAUUUCGAAUUGGUCACCGAAGGCAUUUAUGAACAUCAUGGCUUGAAUGUUCUGCCGAUAAAAUUUAUAAGAUGGAAGUUUCCAAACGUGGAUGAUUACUUUAUUAGGCGUCGCAUCAACGGGAAUGAACGUUCUGAUGCAUCAUUUGCAAUCCCUAACUGCGUGGUUGAAAAAUAUUUCGAUGAGAUGGGAGGAAAUCCGCCAUAUAGCACCUUUAUUAGGAAAACUGCAGCAAAAGCAAAGGCGAUAGUGCUGGAAGAGACGUGCGAAGAAGUUGAUCAUAUGGAAAUUGUAUUACCAAUGAUGACUCCAUUUGUCCGUCCAAAGGAUAGGCUUUUUACAUUAAUUUUAAUAUUGUCAGCUUUGGCUACCCAGGGGCUGUUCUAA